UAUGGCACAGUUGCUACAACAAAACCAAGGUUACUAAGAAAGUAACGAACCAAGUGCAAGGAUGGGCCAAGAAUCUACAAGUAGUGAAGUGAAUAGGAACUCCGUUUCUGAACUUGAUGGCAAAGAAAAGGAUAAGAUAAUGAAGAUAAUGGGCAAUGUAAAUUCAGUCCUUCAAUCGAAUGGAGAAAAUGAGGGAAAAAGAAGGAGGGAGAUACUUGGAUUUUACCACAUAAAGGGCAAGAGACUCACAGUAAUCCAGCCAGUUGAGGACGAUGAGGAUGAGGAGGACUAUGAGGACGAGGAUGAUGAAGAAGAUAAUAAGGAAGGAGAAGAAGAAGAAGGAGAAGAAGAAGAUGAUGAUGAGGAAGAAGGAGAAAGAGAAAGAGAAGGAGGAGAAGAAGAAGAGGAAGAAGAAGGAGAAGGUGAAGAUGAUGAAAAAGAAGACGAUGAGGAUGAAGAAGAAGGAGGAGAAGAAGUAGAAGUAGGAGAAGAAGGAGAAGGUGAAGAUGAUGAAAAAGAAGACGAUGAGGAUGAAGAAGAAGGAGGAGAAGUAGAAGUAGGAGAAGAAGAUGAUGAUAAAGAAGACAGUGAAGACGAAGGAGAAGACGAUGAUGAAGAAGAAGAGAGUUCGACCACAAGUGAAGCACAGGAUCUACCGGAAGAUGAAGACCCUGAGAAUAUAUGGCCUCUCUAGAGAUAAUGCUUGAGAAAUGGUCAUUAUGUAGAUAUCAUAACCUAAAUUGUCUCCUUGAAUAAAUACCAGCAUGUUUAUAAAGGAAAUGUGUUUGUAUCUCUGUGUGUUCACUGAUGAU